CCAACAAUACAAAAAAACUGGAUAAACAAUAUAGGGUAUGAUUAAAAACAAUUCUCAAACCUCUGGAUCGGCUCCCGCAGGCUACUCCAUCAUUCAAGCUUCGGUCCUUCCGGCUUCCUCUGCUCCCUGACUACCGGAAGCCAGACCUCAGCCCUUCUCGGCCUCCAGGUUUGGUAAAUUGCUCCUGUAAUAUUCAAUCAUCAAGUUAUAUAGGUUCAAGCAGAUAGAUGUCUCCUUUGCCUAAAUUAAAUCUUCAGAUGUGACAAACUAACGGGAUUACUGAAUGAUGCUUGUGAAACAUGUGUGUCGGAGCUACGUUUCCUCUUCCAGUAGAUUCUCUUCAUUGGUAGCUACCAAUUUUCUUAAAUGUGGGGAUAUUCUGAAGCAAGCUCGGGUAUUUACCGAUGCCGAUGUGCUUGCUUACUCGAAACUGAGCCAUGACACAAACCCUUUGCAUUUUGAUCCUGAAUGUGCCAAGGAUGCUGGAUUCAGCGACAGGAUUGUUCCUGGAAUGCUCGUUGCCUCCAUAUUUCCAAGAACAAUCGCUUCAAGUUUUCCAGGAGCUGUAUAUGUUUCUCAAACAUUAAAUUUCAAGUUGCCUGUGUAUAUCGGAGAGGAGAUAGUUGGCAAAGUAUGCACAACGAAUAUCAAGCAUUUGAAAACGAAAUAUGUGGCCAAGUUCUCCACAAAAUGCUUCAAAAGUGAUGGCUCUCUUGUUAUUGAUGGCGAGGCAACGGCUAUUUUGCGUAAUCUGAUGGCAGAGCAUGUGGAAUAAUUGCAGGAUUUCAUUGAGUUGGGACAGGGAGUUAGAUCUUUCUGUUUUAAGGCAAAGAGACCAAAUGCACAGAAUUGAGUUCUGAUUUUUUCCCACUAAUGUUUUAACAUCAGUUAGCGUGGGCGACUCAUUUUACUCAGAGCAUUGGGGAGUGGGUUAGUUCGGAUUGGUUCACUCCCUGACUUCAUUUCAAAUAAAAUUAGGCCUUCUUCUAUACUUUUCCAGUCCCAACAAAAAAUUGUCUUGGCCCGAUUGAACUCAUAUGCAUGUACUUAAUUCUGCCGUAUUGAGCUCAUAGGC